AGGUUUGCAUUUUGUUUAUUUGGGAUAAGAUAAGAUAAGAUAAGAUAAGAUAAGAUAAGAUAAGACUUUACUGAUCCCACAGUGGGGAAAUGUAUGUUACUACAAUACAGAGAUGGAUAGAGGAUUUUGAUUAAGUGAAGAUAUAAUUUUCUGGUUUUAUUAGAAAAAGCAUUGAGCCCAAGUGCGACUAAAUCCCAACGGCAUGUCUUCCAGUGAUGAAGCAGAGUCUGGGGACCUUGUGUUAGUCUCUCCAGUCUCUGAAGCUGAGGUCACUGAGGUGGUCAAAAAAUCCUCGGUGGCAAGGCUCCAGAUGACAUCCGCCUGGAGUUUUUUAAGGCUCUGGAAAUUGUGAAGUUGUGUUGAUUGAAAUGGCUCUGUAAUAUCCCAUGGACAUCGAGGGCAGUUCCAGUGGCUUGGAGUGGUGGUCUCCCUUUUCAAAAGGGGGGACCGCAGGGUGUUUUUCAACUGCAGGGAUCACACUUCUGAGUCUUCUUGGUAACGUCUAUUCAAGGGUCCUGGAGAGGAGGGUCUGUUAGAUUGUGGAACCUCAGAUUCAGGAGGAACAUUUUGGUUUUCAUCCUGGCUGUGGAACACUGGACCUGCUCUAUACCCACAGGGGGGUCUGGAGGGUGGUGGGAGUAUGCCCAACCAAUCUAUGUGUGUUUUGUAGAUUUGGAGAAGGUGUUUGACCACAUCCCUCGAGGAACCCUGUGGAAGGUAGUCCAGGAGUAUGGGGUACCAGGCCUAUGGGCUGUUAGGUCCCUGUAAGGCUGGUGUCAGAGCUUGGUCCGCGUUGCCGGCAGUAAGUCGGGCUCGUUCCCAGUGAGAGUUGGACUCUGCCAAGGCUACCCUUUUUCACUGAUUCUGUUCUUUACGGACAAGAUUUCUAGGAGCAGCCAAGGUGUUGCGGGAAUCCGUUUUGGUGGCCUGAGGAUGAGGUCUAUGCUUUUUGCAGAUGAUGUGGUCCUGCUGGCUUCAUCAGAACGUGAUCCCCAGCUCUCGCUGGAGUGGUUGGCAGCCGAGUGUGAAGUGGCAGGUAUGAGAAUCAGCUCCUCUAAAUCCAAGACCAUGGACUUGAAUCGGAAAAGGGUAGAAUGUCUUCUCUGGGCCAGGGACCAGGUUCUUCCUCAACUGGAGGAGUUUAAGUAUCUUGGGGUCUUGUUUAUGAGUGAGAGAAAAAUGGAUCAGGAGAUUGAUAGGCAGAUUGGUGCUGCUUCUGCAGUGCUGCAGGUGUUGCACCGGCCUCUCAUGGUGAAGAGAGAGCUGAGCUGGAAGGCAAAACUCUAAUUUUACUGAUUGAUCUACCCUCACCUAUGGAGGUUUGGGUAGUGACCGAAAGAAUGAGAUCGCGAUUACAAAUGGACAAAAGGAGAAUUCUCUGCAGGGUGUCUGGGCUCUCUCUUAGAGAUAGGGUGAGACGCUCGGUCAUCUGGGAGGGACUCGGAGUAGAUCAGCUGUUCCUCCUCAUCAAGAGGAGCCAGUUGAGAUGGCUCAGGCAUCUAGUUAGGAUGCCUCCUGGACGCCUCCCUGGUGAGGUUUUCCGGGCACGUCUAAUCGGUAGAAGACCCAAAGGACACGCUGGAGAGACUAUGUUUCUCGGCUGGCCAGGGAAAGCCUUGUGGCCCCUAGAAGAGCUGGCCUAAAUGGCUGGGGAGAGGGAAGUCUAGGCAUUCCUGCUUAGUCUACGUCCCCGUGACCCAUCUCUGGAUAAGUAGAAGAGAAUGAAUGGAGGGAUAUUAGAAAAAGCAGCUUUUGGCAUUUUUACUCUGCUGAUAUAAUUAAUUUACAUGUUGACUGAAUAGAUGGCUUGUGACUGGUUGUGAAUCUGGACCUUUUAUUAAAAAAUGGAUAAUUCUUGUUUCUUAUAAUUGAGUAUGUUGAGAUUACUUUUAGUAAAACUAGCAUUAUAACAUCCAUCCAUCCAUUUUCAUCCGCUUAUCUGGGGUUGGGUCGCGUGGGCAGUAGCCUAGACUUCCCUCUCCCCAGCCAGUUGGCCGGCUCCUCUGGGGGAAUGCAAAGGCGUUCCCUGGCCAGCCGUGAGACAUCGUAUCUCCAGUGUUAUAACAGUAAACUAAAAUAAUGUUUUCAGCAUUAUUAUUAUUAUAAGUAUUAGUAGUAGUAGUAGAGGGAGUAGUAGAAGUAGUAGUACUUUUUAUUAUUUUUUCCCGCUUCACUCUAAUGCUUUGGUGAAUUAUCUGGUCUGAUUGCCUUUCCACUUUACAGACUUUAUAAUUUAUACUUUGUUAAAAAAAAUUUAAGCAACUGAUUAGAAGCGGGUGUUGUUGGCGUACUUGAUGCUUUUUUUAACUUUGAGUUUUCCCCCCGCUCUGCCUCAGCUGAAUAUUUAGAUUGUUUUCCCCUUUAAACGAUGGGAAAACUUCGAGCACGCUGCCAUGAUUUUAUUUUGAAGAUCCCUCCCGGAAGCAGUAUGGCUGACAACAACAGACUUGAUUCCUGAGCAGCGUGUCUCGUUGGGAUGAGAGAGGGACAGCAGCGGGGACUGAGUGGAGGAGGUGGAGUCUGUCCCGGUCUGCAUCUGACCCGUUCCCUCAGUCACCCCGGGCCAAACCCGCCCAGCUCCUCUCACUCUCCGCCUGUCCUCCCGCACCGCACCGCUCGGCCCGGACACACACAGCGCUAGCCAGACUCACACACCGCCAGGACACGGAAUGGAGACGGAAGGGAGCCAGAGCAGCCUGUCCGCCUCGGACUCCCCCCACGACCCUUGCAAAAUGUUCAUAGGAGGACUCAGUUGGCAAACAACACAAGAGGGUCUGAAGGAGUACUUCUGCAAGUACGGCGAGGUGAAAGAGUGUAUGGUGAUGCGAGAUCCGGUUACUAAGCGCUCGAGGGGCUUUGGAUUCGUCACCUUUAUGGAUCAGGCGGGCGUGGAUAAAGUUUUGGCCCAAACCAGACAUGAGUUGGACUCAAAAACAAUCGAUCCGAAAGUGGCGUUUCCUCGACGAGCCCAACCUAAACUGGUGACUCGAACUAAGAAGAUCUUUGUGGGCGGCCUGUCGGUGAACACGACCAUUGAAGACGUGAAGCAGUACUUUGACCAGUUUGGGAAGGUCGACGAUGCCAUGCUCAUGUUCGACAAGACCACAAACAGACACAGAGGUUUCGGCUUUGUGACCUUUGAGAACGAGGACGUGGUGGAGAAAGUUUGUGAGAUCCACUUCCACGAGAUCAACAACAAAAUGGUGGAGUGUAAGAAAGCUCAGCCCAAGGAGGUGAUGUCCCCCACCGGCUCUGCCCGGGGACGCACUCGGGUGAUGCCCUAUGGGAUGGACGCCUUUAUGCUGGGCAUUGGAAUGCUGGGUUAUCCGGGCUUCCAGACGGCCACUUACACCAGCCGGAGCUACGCAGGCAUCACUCCGGGAUACACCUAUCAGUUCCCAGAGUUCCACUUAGAGAGGACUCCCCUUCUGACUUCACCCCACCCCCCUGAGCUCACAGCCAUUCCUCUCACGGCCUACGGACCAAUGGCAGCUGCAGCUGCAGCAGUCGUCAGAGGCUCCACCCCAUCUCGCUCAGCUGGAUUUUUAGGUACAAGCAGCCCAGGUCCGAUGGCCGACCUUUACGGAACAGCCAGUCAGGAGUCGGCUGUCAGCAGUUACCUCAGUGCUGCGAGCCCUGCACCAAGCACUGGAUUUAGCCAUAGUCUGGGGGGCCCUUUGAUCGCCACGGCCUUCACUAACGGCUACCACUGAGAGUUGCAGAGCCGUAGCCUGAGAGCUGGAAGGAGCUGAAGCUGCUUUGGAGCUGAUCUGGCCCGUCUCUGUCCAGUCCGUGUCUCCAGCUGAGGAGGUAGCUGAACUUUCACCCCAACCCCCCUGGUGUCAGCCACAUCCAGUCCGCCCCCACUGACACCUCACAAAACCCCUCGCCAAAUGAAAAUGUCUAAAAAGAAAAACCAUGGAAAAGGGCAAAAAAAGCUUAUCACUGCAGAAUAACCCGUUUAAAUGCUGUAUUUUUGCCAUGAUCAAUUCAAUUCAAAGAUACUUUAUUAAUCCCAGAGGGAAAUUAGAGUUUCAGUACACACAAUUCUGAGAUCAGACAUACAUGGGCAAAGACACAUGACAAGAUGUUACACUUUGUUGAAUUGUUUGUGAUGGCUCCAUCAUGUUUUUAGCUGUUUUUAAUGAGUUAUUGUCCUCAUUAACUUGAUUCUUCUGACUUAAGAGGAACCAGAUCUCCAUCGACGCCAGAUUGAAGGUCUGCUGUAAAAUGACCGAAAAACUGUACAUUUGUCUUUAUUCUUACUGAAUUUCAAAAGCUGGGAUUGCUACUAAUUCUUGAAAAUAUGCCACAAACUGUAUAUCUUAGUUUAAGUUGUUACACUAAUGAUUGUUAGCUUUCAUGAAAUGUACAAUUUUUGUAAAAUACUGUAAAUAUGACUCGUUUCUGGGUGGCAGGACCUUGCUGAUUUUUGUGUCCAGGAGGUGGAAGCCUUUUUGCAAAGUGGUACGAUUGUUACUUAUUUCAGUGUUGGAAAGCUUGACUGUUACUUUGUUGAAUUCCCACCUGGAGGUCAGGAACAUUUCAGAUGGCGUGUCUGUCUCAGAGCAGCCGCACAUGAUUUAAAUCAUGCUUUUUUGUUGUUUUGUUACUGGCGCUUCCUCAGAGAUACGAUGCUUCUGAGUUCAGGCUGAGUUUGGAACAACUGUCACUGCUUUUGGGAGAUAAGGGUGGGAAAACCCCUCUUUUAGAAAAAGGGUGGAUAAAUAUACAUGCUGUUUUCUUACUUUAUCAUGUUUCAAUAUUCAGUGAUUAUGAAAGAAAAUGAAGGAUGUGUCUGUUCGUUCAUGACUGAUUCCUGCAGGUUUUUGUGUACAUGUGCUGUUAUUGUUUUUUCUUCCUUCAGAGGGGUGUUCCUCAGUUUCAAAAUGUGAACUAUUAAUCUGACUUUUAAAAAAAAAUUAUAUUAACAUCUAUGUCUCAGUGUGGAUGGUAAGCAUUUCACCCCCAUCCAUUGCUGCAUAUCCACUGGAGGUCACAGGGUGACACCUUUCUCUUUGUAGACCAAAAGCAGAACUACUAGGACGUUGCACUGGCUGAUCAUGAUAAAUGUAUUUUUCUAAUAAAGUUAGCUGAAGAACAAAGCACUCUUGAUCUAAAAAAUACCCGGUUUUACAUUUUGAUACACUUGCUAUCACUUUGCGGGUAUUUUAGACUUUGAUUUACUGAAAAAUAACAUUAUUGUCAACACUGUAACAUUUUCUGAUGUUGUUUUUCUGUCAUGUUAUUCCCAUCGGGAAAAACUACUUUUUAAAAUUCCUAAUAAAUUAUUUUAAAACAUUCCA